UGAAGACACGGUACCAUUUGUAAACAAAAGUUGACCAAUUUAAUGGCAACUGCCGAAUUUAUACCCGAAACGGUGGAAGAUGCACCGUCAGAAGAGAAUAAUUCCGGUCCUAAUUCAGGACCAAAGACUCCGCCGGAUGGGAACUCAAAUAAAUCAAUAGCGUGGCAAGGGGAGAAGCUGUACGAUGUCAGCAGAAUUCGAGCAUUUAAGAAUGUUCCCUUUCUAAUAAAGCGCACGGAGCCCCAGGACAUGACCGUAACCUACAGCGAGGCAGUGGAAAAGAUCCAGACAGUGCUGGAAUUCCUGCAAUGCAACCAGGUUCCAGCCGGAGCGGGAAUCGCCCUGCGUAUCACGGAGCACACGCCGGCCUCUUGUCUUCUGAUUCUAGCGAUACUUAACCACAAGUGCCACUUCUAUCCCACGGACAAGAUGCUGCUCUCCCAGGCGCUGUACGAACAGAUGAGCACGGCCGGAGUGGAGUAUCUCCUAGUCAACAAACAUUUGGCUGUUGGGCAGUUAAACUUUAUGCGUCUUGGCAGCAUCCUUGUGUUUAACGAGGACUGCAAGCUUUACAAGGUGAAACACAAACCAACCGAUCCUGCUGUCCAGGCCAAGAACCCUCUGCCCGCCAAUAUGUGCUACACCAUCUCCACAACAGGGAGUACGGGAAGCCCCAAACUGAUACAUGUGCCUUACGAAUGCAUCGCACCCAAUAUAGUGGCGCUCAGCCAGAAGCUAAACGUCUCCAUGGCCGACAUCAUUUACUUGGGCACACCUUGCACCUUCGAUCCAUUCGUGGUGGAGUUCUUUCUGGCCCUUCAAAAUGGGGCUACCUUACUGACCAGCCAUCACUCGAUGAGGGACUCACCUAGCCGGGUGCUAAGUGCUCUGUUUCCCGACAACCUGGUCAAACCGGGAAUCAGCAUCCUUCAGAUGACCCCGUCCCUUUUCCGGCAAUUUGGAGCCAAUUCUAUCAGAGAACGGAUAUUGAGCAGCUCCAGUUCACUGAGAGUGCUGCUUCUUGGUGGCGAGCCUUUCCCCUCCAAUGCAGAGCUUGUUACUUGGAUGGAUCCGAGUGUCCUGUUGCAGAAACACAUUUGCAAUAUCUAUGGAGUUACGGAGUUAUCCUGCUGGAGCCUCCUGCACAUCGUUCAGACACUACAAGGCCAAGUCAGCUUAGGCACUCCCAUCGAAGAGGAUACGGUUUUACGGAUUCAAUGCCAAAACGAUGGAGACACGCAGCAAGGAGAGCUCCUCCUGGGGAGUGCGUCGCGGCGUUGCUAUAUACCAGAAAUAGAUGACAAGUUGGAUACUCUAAAAGACGAUUCCGGGAUUUGUUUCAGAGCUACUGGCGACCUGGUCACCCGACUGAAGGAUGGCACCUUAUUGUAUGGAGAGCGGGCAAAUGAUGUGGUGAAGCGAGCUGGUAAUCGCAUAAGCUUGGGUUUAAUCACUCGCAAAAUACAAAAAUGUCUGCUCAGCAGCGAACUGGCCACUUGUCUUUGGCUUGAGGAUUUGCAAAAGCUCAUCUGCUGCAUUCGCACCCAGGAGCCAAAGACCAGAGUUCAACAGCGGGCUCAGACCUUUGACAUUCUUUCGAAAGUUUCGAAUGCCGAGCAGCCAGAUAGAUUUGUAUAUCUGCAACACUUUCCCUGCAAUGUCCAUGGCAAACUGGAUAAACAACUGCUACUCAAGGAAUGCAUUCCCCUUGCUCAACCCGCUCAGCAAAUAUUGAAGAGUUUUCUGCACGAUAGACUGGAAUGUGUGGAGGAGUCUAAUGAGAACUCAGCAAAGAGGCAGCGACUGGAGGACAGUAAUCCCUGUGGCUAUGACUUGAGCUUUCGCCAGGCGGGUGGCACAUCCUUCCAUGCCAUCACAAUUUGUAGAGAGAUUGGUCUGCAAAUGUGCAUCGAUGAUGAGCAACGCCACUUAUUCGAGAUGCUACUAGACGAGAACAUUCCUUUGCGCACAGUGUUAAGGUUUUUGGACACGGCCAAGUUGGUGGCCAACAAUAUCAAACUGAAGCCCGUUGAGCCGCCAGUGGUUACGUCCUGUCAUGGCGGCCUGGUAAUCAAACGAAUUGAACAGCCGGUACUCAAGCUUCGGUUUCUCUGGAAGGUGAACUUCGAAAAGUGCGUAGAUUCCCCAGUGACUGAAUACGAGGGUCGUUACAUUUGCGUGGGCGCUCAUUCCAAAAUUCUGCGAACUCUGGAUCCCCAGACGGGCGGCGAGCUUAGUAAAGUCAGGCUACCCAAUCGCGUAGAGUGUAAGGUGACGUUUCUAAGCGAGCAACUUGCUAUGGUGGGCUGCUACGAUGGUUCCCUCUACGGCUUCAAUCCCCAAACCGGAGACAUUGUGUUUUCCGUGGAAAUUGGAGGCAUGAUUAAGUCCCAGCCCUUGCUCACCGCCGACGGCCGUAGAAUCAUUGUAUGCAGCUAUGCGGAGGACUACAAUGUGUAUUGCUUGUCCGCCGAGCGGCAGGAGGUGCUGUGGUGCCUGAGAAUUGGCGAGAAGCCAAUAUUCGCCGGUCCUCUGGAGCUGCCCAGCGAACAGUCGCUGAUCAUCUGCACUUUGGACGGCAGCUAUUCGCGUGUGGCCAUCACCGAUGGUUCGGUGGAGUGGACGCAGCAGUUCAGAGAGCCCAUCUUUUCCACACCCGUUCUUCUAGAAUCCAAGUCGAAUAUCUUUCUGAGCGCCGAAGUGGCUGGGCGAGUACACGCCUGUCAUGUGGGCAAUGGGAGAAUUUUGGCCACCUACAGCUCAGAGGGAAACAUCUUCUCCUCGCUGGUGGUCAAGACCCCACCAACUUUUAUGGGACAUGCCUUUGUGGUUUUCGGUUGCAUUGAUCAGCAUGUUUAUUGCUUGCGAUGCAAAACAGGAUCAAACCGAUUCCCGGUAUCGGUUGAGUUUGGGCUGCACUGGAAGAUCAACUUGGGCGCACCCAUUUAUGCCACGCCCAGUUUGUUCACUGUGCAACCGAACGGACUUCUGGUUUGGUGCGGCGCCACCGAUGGCCGAGUCGUCCUGAUGAACUUUACGAAUGGGGAAAUCCAGUGGUCUGAUAAACUUCCAGGCGAAGUGUUUUCCAGCGCGUGCUAUAUUGAGGGCCUGCGUCGGGUGUACGUAGGAUGUCGAGAUAAUUUUCUAUACUGCCUCGGCGUAUAGAUAUUUUCUAUACAAUUCCAUGUACAAGCUUUUUAUAUCUUAACUUGAAUAUUAAAAAAUGUGCCUUAAGGUAUAUAUACUGCCCUUAAACCUACAAAAUAAAGUUUUUUUGUAAAAGAUAAUGAGAAUUUAGCACC